CACAAAGGAGGUGCCCAGGAGGAGGAGGAGGAGGAAGAAGGGGCUGAGCUGCGCUUUGUGUGCUGAGACCAAAGGGAAAAAGCGUGGAUCGGGCUCUGUGCGCCUGUCUUUGGGGAGCCACGGAGGAGGAGAGACCCAGCCCUGCCUGGGGGGCUUCUGCGAGGGAGCAGACCCCUUGGGUAUCAAGAGGGGCCAAUUUAAGCUAUACCAACAAAGAAGAAUUAGCAGGUUGAAAGGACUGAAGCAACAAACGUGUGUGUGGGAGAACGCAAAGCUAUGUUCCAAGCCAAGGGGCCAGCCAGUGCAACCUCUACUAAUGAGGCAAAGAGCAACUCAGGGGCAUCCACUGUGCAGAGAUCCAAGUCUUUCAGCUUGAAAGCUCAAGUGAAGGAGACCUGCAGCGCCUGCCAGAAAACUGUCUAUCCCAUGGAGCGCCUGGUGGCUGAUAAAUUUGUCUUCCAUAAUUCCUGCUUUUGCUGCAAGCACUGCCGCACCAAGCUAAGCUUGGGUAGUUAUGCAGCUCUCCAUGGGGAAUUCUACUGCAAACCACACUUCCAACAGCUGUUCAAGAGCAAAGGCAACUAUGACGAGGGUUUCGGCCGCAAGCAGCACAAGCAACUCUGGCUGCAGAAAGACGUGGAGAAUGGGACUGAUACAGCAUGACCCAUGGGCUCCCUUUUCCCCACAUUGAGAGCCUUGAUAUGGGGAUGAGCCGAGCUGAUGGAAAAAUCUUAGUCCUUGCAAGGGUAGCUGAGAGCAGGCAAGGCAAAGCAGGAAUACAGGAUGGGUUUUCUGGUUUUCAUGGUUUUCUGUUGCUUUUGUAUAUGGGCUUAGAGAGGAUCCAAGAACCUGGAAACAGCCCACAUGGUGCUAGGAGUGGAGAUCCUAUGCAACUCUUAUAAGUACAAAACCACUGCCUUGGUGGGGGCACACAUCGUACUAGUGAUGCAAGAAACAUCCUGGGACUAUUAUAUCGACCCUUUUUGGGACAGACUACCUACAACUGUGAUUCAACCUCUGGUACAAGUUGUUGACCCAAAAUCCAUCCUUAUUGUGCUUUGUCCUCUGUAUCACAAAACAUACAAAACAUCAUAUUCUCCACUUAUAUACCCUUUAAGCAACCAACACAGUCCCCACAGAAUAGUCUAUAUUUGGGGGAAUUGCCAAGGUACUAUUUUCUCUACCCUUGAACCUUCGGCCAAAGAGGUCUUUCCAGCAGGAUUUGGGGUAAGGUUAAGCGAAUUUAGACCAUUGAUCUGAAUUGUUUUCAAUUUCCUCCCUUUUAAUCUCAAACACCCCAAUUAUUAGGCCAGAUUAGGUGAAGGGAGGGAUACAUUUUUAUCCGAGAGAACACAUAUAGUGGCCUUUAGGGGUGAACUGUGUAUACUUGCUUUGGACGUUCUAAAUAAGUGUGCAAUGAGAACAUGUGUGCUUCUUUAGAAGGUCCAAAGCUGCAGUUUUUCCUGAGAUUCUUCACUCCACAGGUAUAAGGUUAUGAUGCCACAUUUAACUGCCAUGACAACAUCCUAUGAAAUCCAGGGAUUUGCUGCUUAGGGAUAAGUCAGUGGUUUUCAACCUGUGAGUCCCCAGGUGUUUUGGCCUACAGCUCCCAGAAAUCCCAGCCACUUUACCAGCUGUUAGGAUUUCUGGGAGUUGAAGACCAAAACAUCUGGGGAUCCACAGGUUGAGAACCACGGGGAUAAGUAUUUAUAAUUUUCCUCCAGAGACCUCUAAGGUCUCCCCAUAUCACAGACUCCAGGAUUUCAUAGGAUGUUCCCUUGCAAUUAAAAUGGAACCACAAUGCUGUAUGCAUAGUUUGAAAAAGUUUUCUUAUGGUUAAAAAUAAGGAACAUUCCUGGAAUUGGGGUGGGAGGUGGGUGGGACUGUUACAAAAGUGACUGAAAUAUGCAUGCCAGUCCAGUUUGAACACAAGGUUCACUUGAAUUACAAAAUGAGAUCCCAAACCGUGCACCCUGGUUUUCAUCAGCUCUGUUCAGCCCAUUCAGCCUUAAAUCCUGGGGAAACAUUCAUUGUCUAUCUUUUAUAUUUGCCUUUUUCGGUGGUAUGUGGUAAGCUGAAGCACAAACUCGUGGUGUUGUGUCCAGAGUUGCGCUGCCUGCUCUUUUAUUUUUGUAAUAUAAGUUUUCUGAGUC